AUGGAAGUUCUCACUGCUAUCGUUGGAAAAAUAGCAGAGUUAACUUUUAUGCCCGUUGGAAGGCAAGUGGAAUAUUUACUAUUUUACAAAGGGAACUUGAAGGAGCUAGAGGAUAAAAUUGAGGAGUUGAAGACAAGAAAAGUUCGCGUCGAGCAUGAUGUUGAAGCAGAAAGAAGGAACGGAAGAGAGACUAAAGAUGAAGUACUAAGUUGGCAAAACAGAGUUGACCAUACCUUGGAAGACGUAGAGAAACUUCGCGAUGAUCAACCUCGUGCUAGUGUACAGUGUUGGAAAUGGUCUUUUCCUAAUUUGAUAUCUCGACAUCAACUUGGCAGAAAAGCGAAAAAAAUGACAUUCACCAUUGCUGAACUAAAGGACAAGGGGAAGUUUGAUGGUGGAGUUGGGUAUGUCCCCGCUUCUAGCAUGGGAGGCUUAAUUUUUGCAGCUCGAGGUAGUGAAAAGCUUGACUCAAGAAACUCAGUGAAGGAGGAGGUUAUGUUGUCUCUAGCUGACCCCAAAGUAAGCAAAGUUGGAAUUUAUGGGUGGGGUGGAGUGGGGAAGACCACUCUAGCUAAAGAAGUUGCCAAACAUGUUAAGGAUAGAAAGCUAUUUGAUAUGGUAGCUAUGGCAACUAUACCCCAACCGUUGGAUGUUGAAAGAGUUCAAGAUGAGAUUGCAUAUCAAUUAGGCUUCCACUUGGAUGAGAAGACGUCAAUUGGAAGAGCUGACCGCCUUUUUGCAAGGAUAAAAAUGGAGAAAAAUAUCCUUAUCAUACUAGAUGACUUAUGGGAGAAAAUAGAUUUGGACAUGUUGGGAAUUCCAUCUGAGCAAGAUCUUAAGGAUGAAAAAUUGUCAUUAACUUCUAAACGUUUAGAUAUUUCGCAGAAGAAUGAAACUUAUCAAGGUUGCAAAUUAUUAUUGACUUCUAGACGUUUGGAUAUUUUACAAAAGAAUGAGACUCAAAGUAACUUUCAUAUAAAAGCAUUAGAUAAUGCAGAAUCAUGGACUUUGUUUAAAGACAUGGUUGGUGAUGCUAUUGAAGAUGCUGAUUUGCAGAACAUAGCAACCCAAGUGGUUGAAAGAUGUGCAGGUUUGCCUGUUAUGAUAGUCUCAAUUGCAAAGUCACUAAAAUUUAAUAAGAAUAUUCAUUAUUGGAAAGAUGCCUUGAACAACUUAAAGAGAGUUGAUAAUGAAGACAAAGAUGGGAUUGUUUUUUCAGCUUUUAAAUUUACUUACAACCGCCUAGAAGAUGAUGAAAUGAAGAAAGUAUUCUUGCUAUGUGGUGCCUAUGGACCAUCCAUGUGGGUUAGUUACUUGUUAAAAUUAUUAUUUGGUUUGGGGGUUCUGAAACACAUAGAUACCAUUAAAGAUGCAAGAAAUCGACUGCACAAAAUAAUUGAUGACUUGAAGGCAUCUUGUUUGUUAAUUGAGAAUGAUGCAAACAAGACCGAUAGGAUUACAAUGCAUGACAUUGUCUGUGAAACAGCUGUUUCAAUUGCUCGUAAGAGUGAACAUGUUUUUGCAUUGAGAAAUGAUAAUAUGCAAGAUUGGCCAAGCAAGAUAUUUCUUGAAAGGUGUACUCAAAUAAUCUUAAGAAAUUGUUUUAUCCAAGAGCUUCCUCAAAAGCUAGACUGCCCUAAUUUGAAAUUUUUCCUCUUAACUUUUAGAAAGGGCUGCACUUUGGAAAUUCCAGACUCUUUUUUCGAGGGAAUGGGAAACCUUGAAGCAUUAGAUUUGACAGGCUUGAUAAUACCUUCACUGCCUAUAUCUCUUCUUUCCUUGACCAAGCUUAAAACUUUGUGUUUGGAUCAAUGCACUAUGAAAAAUAUGGCUGGAAUAGGUGACUUGACAAAUUUAGAAAUUCUUAGUUUUUGGGGUUCAUACAUGGUGGAGUUUCCUAGUGAAAUAGGACAACUAACUCGUAUAAAAAUGUUGGAAUUGACAAAGUCUAGAAUUAAGAUCAUCCCACCCAACACUUUAUCCAAAUUGACUAAAAUAGAGGAGCUUUAUAUGGGCAAUGCCUUAGUUAAGUGGGGGGAGGAAAGUUCAGCUGAGCAAAACAAAAGUGCUUGUCUUGCUGAGCUUGGGUGUUUGACAAGCCUGACUGCUUUAGAAAUUCAAAUUCCUGAGGCUUGGAUGCUUUCGAGGGACAUGAUGUUUGAAAACUUAGAGAGAUACAAGAUUGUCAUCGGAGAUAAAUGGGAAUGGUCGAGGAACAAAAGUACCUCAAGGUUGCUAAAGCUAAAGCUUGGUACUAGCAUUCAUUUAGAACAUGGGAUUAAAGCAUUGAUUAAACAAGUGGAAGAUUUGUACUUAGAUGAAGUCAAUGGAAUUUCAGAUGUGCUUUUCGAUUUGAAUGCAGAAGGAUUUCCUCUACUAAAGUAUCUCCAUAUCCAAAAUAAUGACCAGGUUCAGCAUAUCAUCAACAUAACAGAGGGGAAUGAAACUCAUGUUUUGUUUCCAAAAUUGGAGACACUAGUACUUCACAAUCUUCAUAACUUAGUGAAGAUAUGUCAUGGCCCACUUCCUGUUAAUUCCUUUGGCAAACUCACAGUCAUCAAAGUUAAAAGUUGUGACCAACUGGUAUAUCUCUUUUCUGUUAUAAUGGUGAAAGCUCUUUCUCAACUUGUUGAGCUCCAAGUUUUGGAAUGCAGUUCAAUGAAGAGGAUUGUGUUAAUUGAAAAUGUCGAUAGUGGACUAAUUAGUGAUGAGAAGAUUGAAUUUCAUUCACUGUGCUCAUUGAGUCUUUGUCAUUUGCCAGUCAUCCAUGACUUUUGCUCAAAUGAAUUGACAUCUUUUAUGACAGCCACAUCAUUAUUUAAUGGCACUAAGAGGCCUCAAGCAUUUAUUCUCAUCUUUGUGGUUGGGAGUCUUUCAAAACUCAAACACCUUGAAAUAAGUAAAUGUGAUAUGAUGGAGGAAAUCAUUGCUCCAGAUAGCCUUGCAACACAAGAGGUCCGGUUCACAAAGUUGGAGACCAUGGUAGUUAAAGACAUGGAAAGCUUGAAGAAAGUAUGGCACUCUCAAUUUGAUAGGUUAAAGAGCUUGGAGGUAAGCAAUUGUGGGAAACUUGCGAAUAUUUUCCCAUCUGAUCUGCAGGGAACGUUUGGAAGCCUCGAGACAUUGAAGGUCAGCGAUUGUGGUUCAGUAGAAGAGAUAUUCGAAUUAGCUUCCAAAGAAAUCCGUAACGAAGACGAAACAACCGCACAAGUCUCACAAUUGAAGAAACUCCAUCUGCUUGGCUUGCCAAAGCUGAAACACAUUUGGAGUAGAGAUGCUCAAGCAAACCUUCGUUUUCAUAAUUUGCAACUUGUGCGCGUUGAAGACUGUGAGAACUUGGAAUACCUUUUUCCAUUCUCCAUCGCAAUGCAAGCUACUCAACUAGAACAUAUUAUCAUAAAAUAUUCAGGGAGGAUGAAACAUAUUGUUUCAGGCAACAAAGUGAUCCCCAUGGACAGUCCAGUCAAAUUUGAGUUUAAUCGCCUGACCUCUUUGGUGUUUUGGAAUUUAUUGGAACUUGAAGGACUUUAUGCUGGAAAACAUAGUUUACUAUGUCCAUUAUUAAGGGCAUUAGAUGUCCGCAUGUGUUUGAAAUUGAAGCUCUUCAAGACACAAGGUACGAGAGCCCGAGAUAGAGUUUUUGAUGGUAAACAGCAAAUCUCAAUGCAGCAGCCUCUUUUUACACUUGAAGAGGUGAUUUGCAACUUGGAGAAGUUAGCCCUAAAUAGUGAGGAUGCAAGCAUAAUAUCACAAGGACAACUUGCAAGAAAACACUUCAGGAAGCUCAAAAUUCUUUAUUUGGCAAAUUUUGAAGAUGAUCACGCUACUUUUCCCUAUUGGUUUCUCCAAAACGUAACCACUCUCAAUGAGCUACUUGUUGAAAAGAGUUCUUUCAAGGAGAUAUUCCGAGAAGAAAUACCUAUACAGGACAAAGGAAAAUUUAAGAUCGGAACACGAAUUAAAUCAUUGGCACUCCAUCGAUUGGAUGAUCUGGAGCAUAUAUGCAAAGAAGGAUUUCAAAUAGACCCGGUUCUUGAAGAGCUUGAAUACUUAGAUGUGGAUCGAUGUUCCAAAUUGAGACACUUAGUGCCUUCCUCUGUUACUUUUAGUCACUUGACAUAUUUGGCAGUGAAAAAUUGCAAGGGAUUGAUUCACUUAAUGACCUUAUCAACUGGAAGAAGUCUGGUCAAAUUAACAACAGUGAAAAUAAGGAACUGCGAUUCACUUGAGCAAGUUGUGGUGGCAGAAGAGAGGGAAGGGUCUGAAAAUGAAAUUGCAUUUAACAGCUUACAAAUUUUGGAGCUUGAGUGUCUGCCAAUGAUCAAGAGUUUCUGCUCUAGUAACUCUGUGUUGAACCUUCCAUCACUAGUGAAUGUUGUUGUUAAGCAGUGCCCAAGAAUGAACAUCUUCUCUAUGAAAAGCGCAAGCACCCCAAGUCUUCGAGAAAUACAAUCAAAGGAAGAAGAUGAAAAGAUGUACUGGGAAGGUGACAUAAACAGAACAAUAAACAAGAUGUUUGUGGAUAUGGUGGCAUUCCAUAGUUUUGAGCAGUUAGAGCUAUCUCAGUAUCCAGAGUUAAGAGAAUCGUGGUACAACCUUGUUCAACAGGGAGUGUUUGUUAAUUUGAGGAAUCUGGUAGUGCAGAGAUGUGAUUUUUUAUCAGAUGUGCUUCUGCCUUUAAAUUUGGUGCAAGCGCUAUCCAACUUGGAGGAGCUUCAAGUAAGUGAAUGUGAGUCAUUGGAAGUUGUGUUUGAUCUGACCAACAUGGAUCAAAAGGAAGUCUUUGUUAAGGAGACCAUUCCGCUGAAGAGAAUAACUCUCUCUAGACUAUCUAAGCUCAAACACGUAUGGAAACAGAACUUCCAAGAAACUGUCAGUUUUAGAGAAACAACAGAAGGUCAUAUCCAGCGUCACCGUCCAGCAUGUUCCAUUCAACAGAAAGAACUCCGUGGUGCUGAACUGUCUUCGGUUGCUGAUGUGGGAGAAAGAAUAGGAAUUGGUUGUGCUGCUGCUUUUUCCGUGUCUUGGCCGUUGCCUGCUGUAUGUUGCCCCAAUUUGAAGCUUGUGUGUGUUGAAGACUGUGAGACCAUGGAAUACCUUUUUCCACUCUCCAUUGCAAUGCAAGCUACUCGACUUGAACGUAUUACCAUAAAGCAUGCUAGGAGUAUGAAACAUAUUGUUUCAGGCAAAGAAGGCCUCAUCGACAGUCCUAUUAAAUUUGAGUUUAAUCACUUGACCUCAUUGGUGCUUUGGGGUUUAUAUGAACUGGAGGGAUUUUUUGCUGGAAAUCAUAGUGUGCUAUGUCCAGUAUUAAGGGAAUUAGAUGUCCGCUUUUGUGUAAAAUUGAAGCUCUUCAAGACUCAAAGUACAAGGGGCCAAGAAAGACUCUUCGAUAGUAGACUCUACAUCUCAAUGCAGCGGUCUCUUUUCACACUUGAAGAGGUAUAG